AUGCGCCUCAAGGAGCGUGAUCUCCUUGUGCUUCUAACGCUAGUAGCGCUUGCUAGUGUCCGCAGUAUCGUGACACCUGAUCCUUCAUCCGAAGCCUCAUCGGAAGCCUCAUCUAUAUCAAAGAUUAAUGAUAAUGUUGACCCUUUAGUUGUCGAUUCAUUGACCUCUAAGGUGCAGGAAAAGACGUCUGCGGAAGAUGCCGAGAUGGUCGCAAAUGCUCAUGUCGAGGUCUCCUUCAGUCCACAGCAUGUCACAGAAAUUGAUGAACCUAUAGGAGAUCAUAAACUUGCAGACGAAGAUGUAGACCCUCUUUUGGAUGUUCCUAGUCGUCUUUUUGAAGUUGUAGACGCCGAUAGUGUGGACACCCGCAAGCGUCAGAACUAUGCGUCACUGGACGCUGGAGCUACAAUUCUUGAUGCAUCACCGGAUGCAAAAAGCCCCACAAACCUUUUGGUUCCUGACAAGGAUCGUUACAUGCUCACACCGUGCUCUAAUCCCAGAAAGUGGGUCGUUAUCAGUCUUUCGGAAGAUGUGCAUGCAGACGCGAUAGCAGUAGCCAAUUAUGAAAAGUUUUCAUCACCUGUGAAAGACUUUAUCGUACUGGGUAGCGUCAACUACCCUACUGACACGUGGCUUGUACUGGGCAACUUUACGGCUACACAUACGAAUGGUGAGCAAAUUUUUCAGCUGGACGCGCAACAGCAUGUGCGGUAUAUCAAGUUUCGCUUUCUAUCUUAUUAUGGAUCGGAGUACUACUGCACAAUGAGUCAACUGCGGGUAUUUGGCCGAACAUUUACGCAAGUGAUUUCUGAGCUGGAAAAAAGCAUUGACGCAGAAGUAGAAGCUCUGGAUGUUCUGACAGCAAGACCAGCACCUCCGGUGUCUGCUUUGCCCGAUAACGCCAAAGUCUCCUUGUCGCGUAUCUCAGACCCAACGGAGCUCAGGAGUCAGUGCUUGAUGGAGCAGAAUAACACUGUUGUGGCCGUUUUCUUUGACAAACAACAGCAGAUUGAGUACUAUCGUAACCAUGGAAUGUGUUGCAUUGACGACUACACCCCGAAGCGAAUUGAAGCAGAAGCUGUUGCCAACGAGCAUUUGCCCGACCACGCUGAUGACAGCGCAGCAGAUGACGCCGUCCAGACUGCUAGCACUGUCCCAAGCACAAAUGCGUCAAGUGUUCCCGAGAUUGUUGGCUCUGGUGUCAAUAACACUACACCCAUCAGUGGGGCAGUAUCAGCUUCAUUGCUACCCGCUGCUCAUAGCAAUGCUGUAUCGACCUCACAAGGCCUUGGUCCACUAGAAAGUAUUUUCGUCCGCAUUACGAAAAAGAUUCAAGCCUUGGAAGCAAACCAGAGUGUCAUGGGAAAGCAAUUUGAGGAAUUGCAAACGCAUCAGUGGGCAGCCAUAAAUAUGCUGCAGUCAAAUCAGGAAUCGGUGAAUGGUCAGCUAGAGGAGAUUCGCACAAUGAUUGGAGACCUGAAAGAAAACGUAAUAAAUGAGCUGUCGGCUAAUGAACAAACCUUGCUGAACUAUGGUCGGCUUCUUGAUGAUGUCCGGCGAGAUAACGUUGCUCUCUGGAACGAAAUGCUUAUGGUGCGUGAGGUCAUUACAACCAUGAAAGCAGGCAUUCUUUGUGCCAUCAUCCUGUCUGGGUUCAUCAUUUUAUUCUACCUCCUUCGUCUCCUGUUUCGCUGUGUUUCCAAGUGUAAGGAGCGUGCUGAUCUUCGAGAGUGGUUCUGGCGCAUGGAGAAUCACGAGAGUAACGUGUGCGAUACAAGUACGAAUGCAUUAAUGGGUACUAAUAUAGCUACUGGGGCUUUGCGCGUGAACCGAAAAGCGCAGUUCGGUUCGUCUUGGGACGACUCAGCGAUAGAGCGAAAGACUCUUGUUAGUGACAUGGUUGGUGAUGGUUUGCACAAAUUCACUCACCAUCGAACGAAGAGCUCAAGUCAGUCGUCAAAACGUCAUAGAAAAUGA